AUGCCAAUUAUUUAUAUGAUUAUGCAGGUUCCAGAAUUUGAAACUCCUGAUGAAAGCAAACAAAAUGAUGUGAACUCUGAACAGUACAAGGGUGGGAACAGCAACUUCACCACACCUAAAGAAACAUUGAAGGGCGUAGGACCCAGUCGGCUGUUUUCUCCACAAGACAAUGUUGAUGCAUCAAUAUUGUCAAUUGCAAGAGAUGUUGAACAGAAUCACAAUAGCACUGAGGUGCUCACAGAGGAUGAGAUAUCGUCAAGAUUACAGCAUCAUUUAUCACAAAUGGAAAAGCUGAAGAAAGAAUUUGGUGAAACACUUGACAAGGGGAAACAGCUGUUCCCAGAAAGUGAUAAAAUGAAAGAAUAUGAACAGAGGUUUGAAGAGAUGACAACAGGAAGUAUUGAUAAAGGCUGGGAUUUUUUCACAUACAAAGACUGGAAAACAUUUGACAUUUUAAUGCUCCCGGAAAAUGAAAGGGCUUUUAAUAAGAUGCACGACAUAGAUGACUUUUUAGAUGAUUUAAAAUUAGGGGGUCAGGUGGUUGAUAGUAAUAUUUACACAAAACAUAUUACUAGGAAUGAGCCAAGCUAUGCUGCAUAUGGACUCAACAAUCAUCUGAAAAGGGUACUCAAACCAACUGAUCAUCAGAAGUCUCCAUUCAAAAUCCAAGGGAUUGAUCUCAACACACAAAGGUUCAGCAAAGAUGAAGAAGAAGUAUGGAGCUGGAUUAAUGGAAGAAAGAACCGAGCAAUGAUUGAGAUAUUCCUCUGGAACAACGUUACUUGCUUGAAGCAUCACAUUCAAAGCCUACAAAUUGGAAAAGAAGUGUUGUUCCAUGUUGUUGAUGCUUAUACAAGCAUACUAAACGAAGAUGAAAAAUUCAGAGCAGCAGAGUCUCCUUAUAGGUUUUUCUGCAGUACAAUGGUGACAAUGGGAAAUGUGGUUAAAGGAAGCCAAUUGGUAGCAAACAGUACUGAUCCAAAUAUAACAUACAUGAAGUUCAAAUCCAACAUGGAUGCAAUUUUGUUCAAGCACAGAGUUGAUAUUAAUCAUGUUGAUCUGGAAGAUUUGUGUUGA